CCGCUCGGGGGGGCGGCCCGCGCCGUGGCGCGGGUGGCGAACGCGCUGCGGGCGCUGCGGGCCCCGCCAGGCCCCGGGGACACGGUCGGGCUGCUGGUGGGCAACGAGCCCCGCUUCGUGUGGGGCUGGUUCGGGCUCGCGGCACUCGGGGCCCGCCCGGCCUUCCUGGGCACGGCGCUGAGACCCGCCGGGCUCCGGCACUGCCUGAGGGGCUGCGGGGCCAGAGCGGUGCUUGUGAGCGACGAGCUGUUCGGGUCGGUGGAGCCGCUCCUGCCCACCCUGCGCGAGGACGGGGUGGCCGUGUGGGUGCUGGGCCGGGGGCCGUACCCGCCGGGGGUCGUGGCCCUGCAGGAGCUGCUGGACGCGGCCUCGGACCAGCUGGAGCCCGAGGACGUUUGGGAGCCCCGGGACAUGAACGAGACCUGCCUGUACAUCUUCACCUCGGGCACCACCGGGCUCCCCAAAGCCGCCUGCGUGUCCCACCUCAAGUCCAUCAUGUGCCUGGGCUUCUACGAGCUGGUGGGAGCCUCCAGCGGGGACGUUGUGUACCUGGCACUGCCCCUCUACCACAUGGCCGGGGCCCUCCUGGGCGUCGUCGGCUGCCUCGGCAUCGGAGCCACGUGUGUGCUGAGGGAGAAGUUCUCAGCCAGCCAGUUUUGGGAUGACUGUCGUGCCGAGGGCGUCACCGUGUUGCAGUACAUUGGGGAGCUGUGCCGGUACCUCGUCAACCAGCCCCAGCGCCCUGGUGAGCGGCAGCACGGGCUCCGGUUGGCCGUGGGCUCUGGGCUCAGACCCGACGUGUGGAGGAGUUUCCAGCAGCGCUUUGGGCCCAUCCGGAUUGUGGAGACCUACGGGAUGAGCGAGGGAAAUGUCACCCUCUUCAACUACACUGGGACCCCCGGGGCUGUGGGCAGGGGCAGUUUCAUCUACAAGCUUUUCUCGCCCUUUGAGAUCGUUCGGUUCGACGUGGCCGCGGGAGCCCCGGAGCGGGACCGGGCCGGGCGCUGCAUCCGCGCAGGGCCGGGCGAGACGGGGCUACUGAUCGCACCGGUGACCCCCCGGACCCCGUUCCUGGGCUAUGCGGGCCCCCCCGAGCUCUCAGAGCAGAAGCUGCUCCGGGGGGUCUUCGCCGAGGGCGACGCGUUUUUCAACACCGGGGACCUGGUGGAGCAGGACCGGGACCAGUUCGUGCGGUUCCGGGACCGCACCGGAGACACCUUCAGGUGGAAGGGGGAGAACGUGGCCACCACGGAGGUGGCUGAGGCCCUGCUGGCCCACGAGUCCCUGCAGGAAGCCACCGUUUAUGGGGUCACUGUCCCAGGGCACGAGGGCCGUGCCGGGAUGGCAGCGCUGGUGCUGCAGCCGGGACAUUCCAUGGAUGGGCCAGGGCUGUUCCAGCACCUGGAGCAGCUGCUCCCGCCCUACGCGCGACCCCGCUUCCUCAGGGUGCAGGAGCAGCUGGAGAUGACGGAGACGUUCAAGCAGCAGAAGGUCCGUCUGGCUCAGGAAGGGGCUGAUCCUGGGAUCAUUCCCGACCCGCUCUUCCUGCUGGAUGAGGCCUCCCAGUCCUACAUCCCGCUGGAUCCCGAGCUCUGGGAGCGGCUCCAGGCUGGGCACCUCCGCAUUUAACCCCCCACGGGAGACCCCAAAGCUCCUGGGGGGCCCCAGAGCUGGGCCCGGGGCUGUCCCGGGGGCUGCGGGGGCUCCCUGUCUGUCCUGGGGGUCCCCAAAUCUGUCCUACCACCACCUCGAACCCCGCACCCAUCCUGGGGCGUCCCUUCAUCUGUCCUGGGGGGUCCUCAUGUUCGUCCUGGGGGUCCCCACAUCCAACCUGGGGGUCCCCAAGUCCAUCCUGCCACCCCUGUGAUCCCCACACCCAUCCCAGAGGUCUCCACAUCUGUCUUGGGGUCUCCCAUGUCCGUCCUGUGGAUCCUCAAAUCUGUCCUGG